UGCGCCGGGUUUUCUAAUACCUCUGCUCAUCUGGUCAUGUUCAAUCAUCAAAAAGUCCAUUGUGGAGGAGGGCCAGAAGUCGUGAAUGAGCACGACACUGCCACGGGUCUUGUCAAGCUCGGAAACUAUGCUCCAAGUGAUUAUAUCUUGUACGAAAUUGUCGAACACAUCCCUGAUGCGUACGACUUGUACCUUGCAGGAUGGUCUGCGCUUCCAGAGGCUCCCUCAGCCCGUCCGCGCGAUCAUCUUUCCUCUGCUCCACUAAAAUCCCCUUGGAGAAACCCCCGCAAUCACCUCAGGGCUAAUCAUAAAGGUUGCAUAGGGGAUCGCCGGAAUGAUACUGUUCUUGGAUCCAGACCCAUGCCAACAUCAACCUCAGAGCCGGGAGACCCCUCAUUGGAGCGGUUGCCCAUCGUUGGUAUCCACCACCCUUCAGGCGAUUCCAAAAAAAUAUCCUUCUUCUUUAAUGGAACACUUCCUAAAGCCUGUUGGUCUGAGUGUGACCUUGAUGAUAAGAAACAAUACCAUUGGCAGAUCCCUAAAUGGAGCUUGGGCACAACGGAGCCGGGGUCAAGUGGUUCCCCUUUAUUUGAUGCUAACGGGCGAAUUGUAGGUCAAUUACACGGUGGAGCUGCCAGUUGUUUCAACAGGAACGGGUAUGAUGUGUAUGGAGCCAUUACGGAUUCGUUCAGAACAUCUCCAAGGAUCCAAGACCGACUAGCAACUUAUUUGGACCCUGAUAGUACAGGAAGAGAAUCUAUGAAUGGAUAUAGCCUAGCAAGUGCUAGGCAUGAAGCCCAUAAGCGCCAACUACGAUGAAGAAAGAGAAUGAAGGGGAUGAAGAUGUAAAGAAACCAGAGCUCAUAAGCUUUGAGCCUGGGGCCAAGUAAGCCUAGAGAGAUCUUUGAUUGAUCUAGCAGAAUAGGGCAACAAGUCGACA